GUGCUGGCUGUGGGCAGUGCAGUCUUUGAUGCCAUGUUCAAUGGUGGAAUGGCCACAACUUCUACAGAGAUUGAGUUGCCUGACGUGGAGCCUGCUGCCUUCCUAGCUCUGCUCAAAUUUCUUUACUCAGACGAAGUUCAGAUUGGACCAGAGACUGUUAUGACAACACUUUACACAGCUAAAAAAUAUGCAGUUCCAGCCCUUGAAGCUCAUUGUGUGGAGUUUCUUAAAAAAAACCUCCGAGCAGACAAUGCAUUCAUGCUGUUAACACAGGCCCGACUGUUUGAUGAGCCUCAGCUGGCCAGCCUGUGCCUGGAGAACAUAGACAAGAACACCUCAGAUGCCAUCAACGCUGAGGGCUUUACAGACAUUGAUCUGGACACGCUGGUGGCAGUGCUGGAGAGGGACACGCUGGGGAUCCGGGAGGUUCGCCUGUUCAACGCCGUGGUGCGCUGGUCGGAGGCCGAGUGUCAGCGCCAGCAGCUUCAGGUGAUUCCAGAGAACAAGCGGAAAGUUCUGGGCAAAGCUCUCUCCCUUAUCCGCUUCCCACUGAUGACUAUUGAGGAGUUUGCAGCAGGGCCUGCCCAGUCGGGAAUCCUGACGGACCGGGAAGUGGUGAGCCUGUUCCUUCACUUCACGGUGAACCCGAAGCCGCGGGUGGAGUUCAUCGACCGCCCGCGGUGCUGCCUGCGGGGCAAGGAGUGCAGCAUCAGCCGCUUCCAGCAGGUCGAGAGCCGCUGGGGCUACAGUGGGACUAGUGACAGGAUCAGGUUCUCAGUAAACAAAAGGAUAUUUGUAGUUGGGUUUGGAUUAUACGGAUCCAUACAUGGGCCUACGGAUUACCAAGUAAAUAUACAGAUCAUCCACACGGACAGUAACACAGUCUUGGGGCAGAAUGACACAGGGUUCAGCUGCGAUGGAUCAUCCAACACCUUCCGGGUCAUGUUCAAGGAGCCUGUGGAGAUUUUGCCCAACGUCAACUACACAGCAUGUGCUACUCUAAAGGGUCCAGAUUCCCACUAUGGAACCAAAGGACUGCGCAAAGUGAUCCAUGAAUCACCCACAACGGGAGCCAAAACCUGCUUUACGUUCUGUUACGCGGCUGGGAACAACAACGGCACUUCCGUGGAGGAUGGACAAAUCCCAGAGAUCAUCUUCUACACAUAGUGCCGC